AUGGUUAAAUGUGGAGCUUGUUGUAAAUUCCUUUCUACGGCAGAGGCCGUUAAAUGCGGACAAUGUCCAGUAUUAUAUCAUCGAGCUUGUGUUGGAGUCUCUGACCGCUCUAAGAUCCAUGAACGCUGGCAAUGUCCAGAGUGUAAAAAGACUGUGCCAAAGGGAAACAACUCUUCUACUCUAGUUAGGGGCAUGGUUGCCAAGAGUGAAAUUUUAAAUCCUACAAUCUCCGGAACAAGCAGUGACUCAGAAAAAACUGCAACUAGCUCCCCUGAGUCUUUUCAUCGGGAACUGAUUCCAGAAAUUCGACUUUUCAGGGAGGAAUUAUGUAGGGUUAGGGAGGAGCUCAAAGACUUUCAGAGGGAUAUGGUUGAAAUACGGGAAUCUUUAGUGAUGAGUAAUAAGAGAAUGGAUGAAAUGGAGAGCAGGAUUAGUAUUCUAGAACAGAAGACUCAAAGCAACAGUAACAGUCGCGAAAUACAUAUAGGUACUGCUACCGAAGACUAA